AUGGACCUGACGGUGGAAACUAAUUGUAGUGAUAUUUUAUCUAAUGAUUCGAGUAAAAACUCUCAUAACGUUGGUGAAACUUUGAGAAAGAUUUAUACAAACUUUAGAUGUAGAAAUCCUACACCACUUGAUAGAGGAGGAUUGGGUGUAUCUACUUUUUGUGCGGCCAAUCAUCCAGUUGAAUCAUGUGGUAGUAAUGGACUACCAUUGACGCCCAACUCUGUCCAAAUUCUUGGAAAAUUUCAAACGCUCUCCCAGCUUGAACACCCGAAUCUUUGUGCUUAUGUUGACAUUUGCCGUAUUCAACAUGAGAGAGUCAUUGUUGUGGCUGAGCAUUAUUCUACAUCAUUGCAAACUUUAAUCUUGAAAAAGAAAAUUUUUGGAUUAGAUUUGCAAAUUCACCUUGCCCGAUCAAUCAUAGAAGCCCUCCAGUAUCUUCACAGCAAAAAUGUUGUGCAUCGAAACUUCCAUUCCAAAAAUAUUCUCAUAUCCUCAGAAGGAAGAGUGAAACUCAGUGCCUAUGGGAUGUAUUACAUGACUCAAUCUAGCACCCUUGUCUCCUUUCCCAUUGGUUAUCCAAAAUAUUUAGCACCAGAAGUUUUACUUCUUGGCUAUGAUCCAUCAAAGUCAUGGUUUGAUAACUCCACAGCCAGUGAUGAAACAUUAAUUCUGUAUAGCUCUAAACCAAAGUCAGACAUUUGGUCAUUGGGGAUGAUUCUUCUAGAAAUGGCUCUCGGGAUCGAAUUUUUGAGUGAAUCUCGAGCUAAACUCUGCAACACCUUGCGAAAAGUUAUGAGCUGGAUUCAUGCAAAAGGAAGUGCGGUUGAAAGAAUAAUUCAAGAAGCAGAGGCUGUUGAACAGUGGAAGGGUGUUCAACUUGAGUUAAAGGAAUUAAUUGAAAGCUGUCUGCAAGUUCAUCCAGAAAAUCGACCUACAGCCGAUCAACUUUUGAAGUAUCCUCUAUUUGGCGAACGAUUUAGUGUACCCGCUGCAGUUUUCAAAUUUCCUGCUCAAUCUCUUCCACCGGAUUUGCUACGAAUUCAUCAUCUAAUGAGCAAACUACCCCUUUCCGAAGUAUACCACUUCUGGCAUCUUGUUGGUGGUGACGUAGAAGUUGAAUUAAGAAAAGCUGGAAUAUUAAGGAACAAGCCUGCAAUCUUUUCUCUACCUUGUGUUGUACUUGAAGAAGGAGAAUCUUUUGGACAAACCAAGGAUCGAACUACUCUGUUCGAUGAUUCCGUCGUAGAAAUAUCUUUGGAAGCACUUCUGCGUCGAUUGCAACACCUACCAUCUUCAGUUUUUGAUCCUUUAGUGAAUGACGCGGGUUACAUACUGUUCGAUAUAAAUGACCACCCGACGCUGAAGGAGGCGGCUCAGUUGCCUUUGGUAAUUAAGGAGAAAGACAUCGAUUACCAACUCUAUCGGAUUGUCAUGUUUGACAAACAGCUCCAGGCGUACCCUUUGACGAGACAAGCUAUCGUCAAAGAGGCACGUGAGGACGUUCCACCUUUCUGCCGCGCACGCGUUUGGGCAGCAUUGCUGAAAGUUGAUCCAUCCUACCCAGCCGUCUAUGCGGCCAUUGACAAAGAAAAAAGUCAUUCUUCUGACAGACAGAUCGAAGUUGAUAUCCCUCGGUGUCAUCAGUACAUGGACUUGCUUGCAUCUCCUGAAGGACAUGCCAAAUUCAAGCGCAUUUUGAAAGCUUGGGUUAAUCAACAUCCGCAGUAUGUCUAUUGGCAAGGUCUCGAUUCCCUUACGGCUCCUUUUUUGCUUCUUCAUUUUAACGAUGAAGCGUUAGCAUAUGCUUGCCUCGCUGCCUUUAUUCCGAAGUACUUAAAUAACUUCUUUUGGAAAGAUAAUUCCACGGUUAUACAAGAAUAUCUUGCCAAAUUCUCACAUUUGGUUGCCUUUCAUGAUCCAGUUCUACGCAACCAUUUGGACUGUAUUGGAUUUGUGCCUGAUCUUUAUGCGAUUCCUUGGUUUCUGACUAUGUUUGCUCAUGUGUUUCCCCUUCACAAGAUUUUUCAUUUGUGGGACAAGUUGUUAUUGGGGAAUGCAUCGUUUCCACUAUGCAUUGGGCUAGCUGUGUUGCAGCAACUACGGGAAUCUCUGUUAGAAUCAGGCUUCAACGAGUGCAUCCUACUUUUCUCAGACAUGCCUGAAAUUGACAUUGAGCGGUGCUUGAAGGACUCCAUAGAAAUAUUCUGUAGUACACCUCAAAGUGUUACAUUUCGACAGCACGAGCCACCAUCCGUCAGUCCAAAAGGCAACAGAUCUUUCUGGGAUUUCAGCCUAAUAGGAUCCAACUGCAUGGAUGACGACGAAGAUAUUGAUACGAGCUCCCUCGCAAUGGAUUCUAUACCAAUAGCGGUCUUGAGAGCAGAACGCUGUCCUCGUAUCAGCGCGGAAGAUUUUCUAGAACUAUUAGAUUUAAACCACAAGAGAUUCGUGCGUCCAAAAAUGGUAGUUGUUGAUGUUAGAAACGCCAACAAAUUUCAACAUGGAGCGGUACCAGGUAGUAUAAAUCUCCCCUAUCAGACUUGUUGGACAACGGAUCGAACUCUUAUACCGUGCGAGCAAGUGGAACAACUGGAGAAGGCCCGUGGCAAGAUCAUUUGUGUGAUAGGAAGCAGCUGUAACGAUCUUGGCCUUAAACUUUCCGAAAUACUGCUCGACUUGCAGUGGCCCCGGGUCUGUGUCCUACACAAAGGGUUUGACGUAUUACUUAAAACUCAAAUACUCGUGGUUCCGGCAGCGGUCGGAAUGUGCUGACGAUGAAUUUCCAAGCCAUUAAAUAUUGUUUGCGAGUAAUGGCUCCAGUUGAAUCGAAUGCCAUCUCGUCGGAGUUAUACCAGUCCACCAAUAAAGAGAGUUAUGCAAUACGA